AUGUACGUUGGCCGCGCCCGCGCUCCUGCCCCAAUUGUGCUGACUAUGAAGAAGAUUGUCUAUAAUGAAUUCCCUAUACCACGGCCCUACACAAACGUCAACAGGACUUCUUCACCGACCCAACCAAGAACAGAUGCAGGCGACCUGGGUCAGAACGCUACACCUCAAGCGCCGUCGACGCCCGCGCGCACCCUCCCUCCAGUUCCCCUCUUCCCCAAUUCUUCCGCAACCAGCGCGUCACACAUUCCGGACUCCCUACCCGCCUCUCAAGAUCCUAACGCACCUUCGAACGGUCUUGAAGACCUCCCAUUGUCCCUUAUACAAUUACUCAACGGCAUACUCGCGACGCUGCGCGCCUCCUUCUCCGAACGCCCACCACACACAAUUCAGCGCCUUGCCGAACUGAUACUAAGUCCAACCAAAUACUACAAGACGCUGCCCGCAUGGCUCCGCGCUGUGGACCGUGUCGUCAACGUCUCCUCUUCAGCAGACAUUUUCCCACUAUCUGAGCAGACCCCGUUGGUUAAUGGUGUCAACGGCGAAACACUAGCUCCCAGCGGUGGCAUACUCUUUCCCACGGAUGCCAGCACUGCUACUCGCAACGGCUACGACAGUGCUAGCCUCGGUAGCGAUGAAUCGCUUGGUGGCGCGCUGUUGACCCCCAUCCCUUGGCUGCGUAACGGGCUGAGCGGCGGGCACGAUCAAGCCGAGCACGGCGGUGAGAGCGAAGAGUCCUCUGGUGGCACCACAGCCAGCGCGACUGGCAGCAGCGGUGAUGCACAAUCUGACAGCCCUGCAGCCCCGGAAGAUGAGGAUGAUAACCUCGGCGAGCCUAUUGCCCACAAUACUGAACUCGUAUCCUCAACCACUGCGGACAACAGUACGCUAGCAGCGAUUACACCAAUCCACGAUCCACUCGUGCCCGAGAGACCCGAAGGCGCAGUCACUCAAGGCGAAUUGAUGCGUAUGGAGCAGGAGGCCGGUGUGGUGCCCAUCUCGGCCGGUAAUGGAGCGCCGCCACCAAUGCCAGUAAGCAAUGGAGGGGAGGACAUGGAUGCGGAGGAUGCAGUUGAUGGCCCACCACACGCAAGAGGGCCGGAUGUCGUUGGUGCUGUGGACAUGGGGAAGGUGGAGGGAAAGAAUGUGGAGGUCAGAAUUGGGAGUCCGCCCCCGCAGCACACCCAACAGGAAGCAGAAAAAGGCAAGGUGGGGGAAAGGGUGAGCGAGGACGGCGAUGGGGAUGGAGAUUAUGAGAUGGUGGACAAGGAGACCGGAGAUGCAAUGGAGGUGGACGACAAGACGGGCGAAGUCAAGGCCACGAUUGUCACCGACAAAGAUGAGGAUAUGGUGCUCAUCGACACGGAAGGCAGGAUGGAUGAUGAGGCAGCAGCUGCUGGGGGAAAAGAGACGGAGCGGUAG